UUUCAAGUUUUCUCAAGCCAAUACAUUCUUAUCUUCCAAUGGUACUCAAAGAGGAAUUCCAUUGGCAUUGAACUUUAUUGCUUCAGGUACGCAUUUUCCAUAUAGACUUUAAUUACAAUAGAACUACUCCCAUGGGGGGAUAACAACUUUAUAGUAAGCUUAGCAAUUGAAACUAGCGGGUGUUUUUCAAUUUCUGAAUAAGAAACUGAAGAACUGAGAUUUAACCGUUUGGACUCGAUCAGGAUCAUUCUUGCGUGAGGAAGUUUCUAUUGUUAAUUAAUUUAGGUAAGAGCUGUUGCCCCCGGUCAACAUGCCAUCCUGUUAUUCGAACAGUUUAUUAACAUUUAAAAAGCCAUGGGUUGUGGUAUCUUAACUACUUACACUCAGAUAGGUAAUACUGCUGGGUUGCAUGGGUUAUUAGUGUACACCGUUUGUGGGGCUAUUCCAAUUCUUGGUUUUGCAGCCGUUGGUCCAGCAAUUCGUCGCAAAUGCCCCGAAGGGUUCAUACUCACCGAAUGGGUGAGACAAAGGUUCGGGAUAGUCACUGCAUUAUACUUAUCCUUUUUCACUUGUCUUACCAUGUUUUUAUUUAUGAUUGGGGAAUUGUCUGCAAUUAGAGCUGCCAUCGAAACUUUGACUGGUCUCAAUGCUUUGGCAGCUGUAAUUGUAGAAGUUGUCGUCACUUCAAUCUAUACCAGUAUCGGUGGAUUCAGAGUCAGUUUCAUUACAGAUAAUUUCCAAGGUGCUUUUGUGCUUGUACUUGUGGUGGUUUGUAUCAUAGGUAUGGGUACUAAUAUCGAUAUCGAUACUUCUAAAAUUGGUCCGUCAGGAUUAUUAAAAGAUAAUAAAUUAGGUUGGCAGUUAUUGUAUAUUUUAUUUGUUGCAAUUUUGACAAAUGACUGUUUUAUGGCUGGAUUUUGGUUGAGAACUUUUGCUUCCAAAACUAAUAAAGACUUAUUGAUUGGUUGUUCCAUUGCUUCUUUCGUAACAUGUGUCAUUUGUACUUUGGUUGGUGUUCCAGGGAUGUUGGCAGUUUGGACUGGUGAUUUAACCGUUGCUGAUGAAAAUGGUGCAAACGCUCUUUUCAUUCUUUUAUCCAAAAUGCCUAAUUGGAUUAUUGCUUUUGUUCUUAUUUUCUCCAUUUCUCUUUCAACUUGUACUUUUGAUUCUUUACAAAGUGCAAUGGUUUCUACCAUUUCCAAUGAUCUUUUCAGAAAUAAAUUACAAUUAACCUAUAUUAGGAUUUUGGUUGUUUUAAUCAUUGUUCCAAUCAUUGUGUUAGCAAUUAAAGUCGCUAGUAAUAUCUUACAAAUCUAUCUUAUCGCUGAUUUGGUUUCUGCAGCCGUUAUUCCAUCGGUGUUCUUGGGUCUCAGCGAUAGACUCUUUUAUUUCUUAAGAGGUUUUGACGUCAUGUGUGGUGGUUUAGGUUCUUUAUUGGCCGUUUUCGUCUUUGGUACCGUCUAUUACGACUCUGCCAAAGAAGGUGGUAAGCUCUUAUUGGUUUGGAAUGGUAUUUAUAAUUCUGCGGAUUGGGGUCCUUUUGGUGCCUUUGUUAUUGCUCCUUUCGGGGGUAUCCUUAUCACUUUGGCAGCUGCGGCUAUCAGAAUCAGUGCUAAAUAUUUCUACUGCAAGUCAACAAAUAAACCUUUCACUGCUUUAGAUAGGCCAGAAUACGUGGAACAUGAACAUGAAGUUUAUGGCUCCAGCGAUGAAAUUGCAAAAAAAUUGAAUGAAGAUCCAUAGAUGUUGCACCAGUUGCUUCGUACCUCUCCAAUAUCUACUUCUACUCAACCUCCAUUUCUUAAUAUCAGUGUAAUAUCCUCCUAAUAGAACUUUUUCAAUAAAACCAAUAGAUCUUUU